AUGGUAUGGAAUAAUGAGAAGGAGGAAGCUUCCCGUCUUGGUUGGCUUGCUUUUCAUCGAUGGCAGGAAUGGUUUAACAUCCAGCAGGUUCUGAGUAACAAUAAUAAUCUUCAUCAUGCCUUAACUUGGUCUCCUCUUGAGGAGGAUUGGGUUAAAUGUAACGUCGACGCCGGGUUUAACUCACUUUUGGGAACGACUAAUAGAGGUUGGUGUAUUCGGGGAGCGGGUGGCAGUUUUAUCCAUGCAGGUGUGGCUUGGGAUUCUAGAAAUCUCUCUAUUCUCGAAGCUGAGGCAAUGGCUCUUAAAGAGGCUAUCCAAGAUUCUAUUGCUCUUCAUCUCGAUCGAAUUAUUUUUGAAAGUGAUUCUCUUAAUGUGGUUACGACUUUGCAUUCCAAUGCUUCUGGUAGAUCCGAGUUUCAUCAUGUUAUCCAUUCUAUUAGAUUGCUUUUAUCUUCUUUUCACAACUUUGAGGUCAAGUUUGUUAAACGCCAAGCGAAUAUGGUUGCCCACUCUCUUGUAAAGACGGCCAAUUCAUGGGCUAGGCGUAGUUCUUUGCAUAAUAUUCCUCCUUGUAUCGCGUUGCUUAUCAAUAAAUAA